AUGUACCAUUACCGUGCGUUGAUCAUUCUGCUUGCCAGCAGCCUCGCCAGCGCGCAGCUUCCCAACCUUCCCCAAUGUUCUUUGAACUGCUUCAUCGAUGCAUUCCAGAAAGACGGAUGCUCGAGCCUGCUGGACUUUGGCUGUCAUUGCCAGAAGCCCCAGGUGGUGCAGGUCGUGACUCCAUGUGUGCAAAAGGCCUGCAAUGCUGCUGAUCAAAGCGCCGUGUCCAGCGAAGUCAUCCGCCAAUGCUCGGCAGCAGGCCACCCUAUAACCAUCCCCCCCGUCGCUGGCGCCGAAACCACAACCGCCGCGCAGCCUUCCGCCUCCGACACAAACAGUAAAGCCGAGCCCACCAACACAGGAGCGGUGAGUCUGCCCACUGUCUCCUCGGCCGUGACACCCACCGUGCCCAAGUCCACGCCUGGCGCCUCCACCACGGCAAGCCGGGGCUCCUCAUCGAUCAUCCAAGCAUCAUCCAGCGGGCCCGCCGGCUCCUCGUCGCAGGCCUCCCCGAGCACCCCUCUGGCCACAGGCGCCGGCUCCCACGCUGAAGCCAACCUGGUCGGUGCAGCCCUCGCCGCCGCAGCGGCCGCUUACAUCCUAUAA